AUAGAGAGAAAAAGAGAGAGAAAGAGAGAUAAAUAGAGAGACGAAGAGAGAAAAGAACUGUGGGAAACGAAUCGGUCGACCCGCAUUUUUCAACAUCUGUGGACCAUUCCCAUCAUCAAUGCUUUAGAUUCCUUUUACGAGGUCGGAGUCGUCAUUCGUUAAACCAACACAAAUUCUUUUUGUCCCUACUCAUAGUAUCGACAAGGAAAAAAAACAAGGGAGAAUGGUUUAGUUGUUUCGUUGCCUCGUACCGACGAGCAUGCUACUUUGAAUUUAAAACGAAUACGCUUUUGAAAAAUUCAACGUUAAGGAUUUAAGAGAAAAAGUGUUCGAUAAACAAUGUCGAGAUUAUUAUUUUUCACGUGUAUCAAUUUAUCUAUCAUUUUUUUAACAAAUUCAAAUCCUUACGAAAAACCCAUUUUGGAUAGCACAAUUGCAACUACGUUAAACGUUUCGAAGAAUGACGAAAAGGAAUUGUGUUGUCCUUGCACGAAAAAUGCAACAACAUCCUCGAUAGAAAUCAACAACAAUCCUUCUGCGACCCACCAUAUCUAUCCACCGAUAAUUCACGAUACUGCUUGGAAAUGUAAUUUCGUUGGGAAUAAACUUAUGCGAGACGAUUAUCGUCAUUCACCUGGAAUUGGUUCGCACAAAUUACACACCAGAGCAAAGGUUUGGAACGAGGCGAGAAAAAUUUGCAUAGAGGAAGGUGGCCACUUGGCUAUUAUCAAUUCUAUCGCCGAAGCUAAUCUACUUUUGGAUUUAUAUAAUCGAUCCGGUCCUAUUAAGGGUGCAGCUUAUAAUAAUCAAUUUUUAUUGGGAAUUCAUGAUCUCUACACUGAAGGCGAUUGGGUGACCAUACAAGGUGAUUCUUUGGCAAAAAGUGGAUACAAUACUUGGACCGACAAAUGGGGAGGUCAACCUGACAAUGGAGGUGGCAUACAAAAUUGUGGUGCAAUGUUAGACGAUGGCAAAUUAGACGAUGUCGCUUGCAACGUUCCGUUUGCAUUUUUCUGCGAAAUUCCAAACUUCUAAUCAAUAUCGUCAAUUAAAUUUAAGAAUUGAAUUGAUACGCGCAAAUAUUUUCUU